GCACUGUUUUAUCUUGGCAUUAUUGGUCGUGUACAGAAUUCAGGAGUGACGGAAGGUUGUUGAAUUCACGGGACUCAAUUCUUGAUCAGCAUCAACAUCAUGUUCCUCUUCAUAUCAAAAAAUUACGGCAUCCAACAGUCUUUUAUACCCAUAUGUACACACAUGCUUUUGUAACUACCGUCAUUCUCCAUUCAUACGCAAAUAUUGGUAUCUAUUUUAGUAUGGUCAAGUUUAAAGAGGUUCGUUCAGGGAAAUGCACUUAUAUUUUCUCACAUGUAAGUACCUGUAUUAGUGUUGACAAAUAGCUUCUUGGAAGGGCAUUCACUCAGUGGUUGGUGAGUUCUUUUUAAGGAACUGCAUUUCCGAGGUCCAAGUCAUUCAAAUUUGGGCAAGACCAAGUGUAAGAGUACGCAGUUUUUUAAAAUAACAAUUGUACCAUGAAAUCAAUUUUGGUCUUUGGAGUUGUGAUUUUAGCAGUUGUCACACUGGGAAACGCCGUGCCACUGAUCGACUCUAAAGAGGAUACUGUCCAGCCCUUUAGCUUAAGUCCUGGAAAUGUAAAUCCUGACGAAUUUUUUGCAAAGGUUUAUGGAAACGGAGCUCCUGCAACCAUUGUAUCUCCUCCACCGGCUCCACCGUUUACAUUCUCUUCAGCUUCAUCAAAUGAUGAAGCUCACGAUGAUCUCUCGGAUGACAGUCAUGAAGAAAUUGUGUUAACCAGAGUUCAAAGAUCUCCACAACAUCAUCACCAUCAUCAUCAUGGACAUCAUGGACACGGUGGCCAUUACGGAGGUCAUGGGCAUUAUGGAGGUCACGGACAUUAUGGAGGUCACGGGCACGGUCAUUAUGGCCACGGUCACGGUCAUCGUUACGGAUAAUUUCUGAACUAUACAAUACUUGAUUGCACCUGAAAUUUUGACUGAAUGUAUGCGAUUUCACAAAAUAAUGAUAAUACAAAUUGACGUAAAAUAAUUAAUUAAAAACUUAUAUGCAUUCAA